UGCCACGGAUCACCUGCUCCUUGCAGCUCGGCGAAGGGGCUGAAUCCUUCGAAGGGUGUCGAUUGUCAAGAAUGGACAUGUGUGCACUUGUGCACGCACGCAUGUUCCAGUUCUUUCGGCCAUGCGGGCAUGUCAUCGCUCAGUGUCGAAAUCGUAGGAACCUCUCCUGGUGUCCAGAGUUGCCUGCCCUAACCCAUGCUGCUGUGGAGCGACUGGAACCUCAGCACCGGGCCAUCCAUAGCGAGGUGCACCUGGGCUGUCGUCGUGGCUAUCGUCCUGUGGCGGGCCAUGCUUUUGGGCGCUGUGGCGAGAGUGGCUGGUGCUCCGCCCCAGACUCAAGCGCUGCCUGUGUGGAGCCUGCCGAUUGGCUUCGCUGCGAGCUCAUCCCAGAAUAUUGCCCGCCAUGGCCCAGCUAUGAUCAUUCGGUGCCAUACAACACCAGCCUUGCGCCCAAGGCGGUGCCCUUGGUCAACCCCUUGGCGCAUGUCUUCCUGAGAGAGGUUCGGCAGUUGCCCUUGCCUUCAGGCGCUUUGGGUGACACUGUUACAGUAAGCUGUCCGAGGAACUUCUCCCGUGCUAGUGGGGACACGCAGUUCAUUUGUGGUCAUGGCUUGAAGGAUGGACAAUGGAAGCGGGAUUCCGUUCCUCCAAUGCAUACGGACAACAGUACCCGGGAUUCCAUGAUCCAUUUGGUGGACGAGGCUACAGCAGAGCCCCUGGUUUGCGAGCUGGAGACCAUGAAAGGUGUGCGGCGGAAGUACUAUGACCGUUUGCCAGGGCUUUUCCAGAACCAUAGCCGCACUGCUGGCUACGACGUUGUGCCCUACAUCAACCAGUUCCAGUCUCCUUACGAUGCUGCGCACUUCGAGUCGUACUUGCGGCCAGAGCUGGGAGGUAACUACACGUUGAGUGUGGAGGUCUUGGGCGCUUUCGUUUUGACGUGGGAAGAUAGAAUUCUCUUGGCCGGUCGCUCUCAAGGACUCCUUUCAGAGACCUUUAACGCUAUGCCCCUGGAGCUGAAUAGCACUUUCUACUUCUUCCACUUGGAGUACUGGGCAGAUCCACUUCUGCCAGAGCGAAUUGAUCAGGAGAUGUUGACUUUUCCAAGGAGGAUUCGUUUCCUUUGGAGUGGCCCAGCAGGUGAUAUGCAGCCUGUUCCUUACACUGAGCUGUAUCAUAGCUUCGAUGAGGUCUAUGGCUAUCCAAUCACUGCACAUGGCGUCAACGAUCCAAACCCAUGUGAUUCGGAGAAUACGGUCAGUGUGACUGGUUUGCUGGAAGGAGAGAAUGGCACCAUCAUCGAUGGCACCAUUGGGUACAAUUACAACGAGGACUUGACAUGCUCCUGGCUCUUGGAAGCCACAGGGAACGUCCGCUUCACGGUCUUUGUGAAUUUCUUCGACGUGGUCGACUCCGUGAACUGUGCAGGUGACCGCUUGGAGUUCUAUGUGUCUGCCGGGGCAACCUUGCGUCUCCUGGGAAGCGUUUGCGGCUCCUAUCCCGAAGGCACAGCCAUAGUUGAGGCUGCAACAAGGAGCUUGGUGAUCCGCUUCGUCACGGAUUCGAACUCGGAGAGAGAGGGCUUCAACGUUACCUGGAGAGUGACAAACCUGGUCGAUCGCAUCACCCAAAACCCUGUGAUCUGGGGGGAUUUGUGACGGCCAAUCUGUGAUUGUGAGGCAACAACAAGCCUUGCUUGACGCAGCACGUUUGGCCCUGUCGAAU